AUGUCUGAAUUGCCGAUAACAGUUACAAGACGGCGCGUUGCUGGUAAUUCACACGACAACGAAACCAACUUUAGCUCUUCUCCAGAAGAAACAAAGGAGCACAAUCCGUAUACGAGUCCUUUCUCAUCCUUUUCAAACCUUUCAACAUCGCUUUGGAACUCUGCACGGCAUACACUUACACCAGUCUCCUCUGCACCGUCAUUUGCGUACGCCUACAAUACUCUCCCGUCAAACGAUUCGUCCAGCUCGCUGAAUUCAUUAGUUAACUCUCCGCCACCAGCAGCCUUCUUCGAAAUGCCUCAACGUGAUCGUACGGCCGAAUUUCGUACAACUGCCAAGUCAUACCAGAUGAAAAUACAAGCAAAUGGACGUAUUUCACAAAAUGAACACCCCAAUCACCUUGUUCAACAGUCUGUGCAAUUCAACCAACUUGCAAAGCGUAUCGGUCGUGAUUUGAGUCAUACGUGCGCAAAAAUGGAGAAAUUAACGGAACUGGCCAAAAAACGUUCGCUAUUCGACGAUCGCAUGGUCGAAGUGGAAGAAUUAUCCCAAAUAAUAAAACAGGUUAUUAGUUUGAUAUGA